UACUUUAGAGUGAGUCCCCAUCUGACCAGAAGUUUCAGUUUCAUUAGUUUAAUUCUCCAUUUCAGUUUUCAGGCUUUCUCUUUACUGGUAGACAAGUCAUAAUAGCGACUGCAAUGAAUUGCAUGUAUGCGCCCUGCCUCAUACAGAAAAUAUCAGUUUACAAAGAUUUCACAAUCCCAGGGUCACAGAGUUUACUGCAUUACACCACCCAUGUUCUCUCGUUCAUUGUGUCCCGGCUCCAUACAUCCUCUGGUGUGCAUAAACAGAGGCUCUGGUGCAGGCUGCUGUGGCUGGCUUGCAGGGUGACACCGCUGGCCUGCUGCCUUACAUGGGCAAACCUCUGAACUGACUCAGACUGAGGCUGGAAUUUCAGGGCGUGACGUCACUGCCUACAACUCUCCCAGAAUUUGGAUCAAGAAGUUUCACUUUUUCUGGUGGGAUUUCAACCUCUGGCUCCAGUUCCUAGAAAGCGAGAUUUCAACACACAGUGAAGGGCGACACUGCAACAACCUUCCAGAAAUCAGAAAUCCCACAAAUCCAGAGAGGAGGAAAGGUGUCAGAUCCUGAAGUCCCCGCUGUCACUUAGAGUUUGUUUUUGGAACCAUGUGGAGCCAAGAGAACAGUACCGACCAGACGGGUCAGGUGUCAGCCAGGAUGGAGACCACUCCAUCUUUGGGCAGUGCGAGCAUCUCCGUCUCCCAGCAGCAGGCACCCAAGAAAUUUGCCCCUGUGGUCGCACCCAAGCCCAAGUUCAACCCGUACAAACAGGUGGCAGAAACCAUCCACUCUGAGUCUGCAGCAGACUACCCUCCCCCUCCACCACCUGCGGAAGAUUCAACUGGUUUCCCUCCGUCCUCGGGCUCCUUCCCUCCUCCUCCACCGAUGAACUCGUACGAUUAUCAGAUGAAAGGACCAGAGAAGACCCUGGAGGAGAGACGCUCCAGCCUGGAUGCAGAGAUCGACUCCCUCACCAGCAUCCUGGCUGACCUGGAGAGCAGCUCGCCCUACAAGCCACGGACUACACAAAACUCUGGAUCCUCAGCGGCCUCCACCCCCAGCGCUCCAGUGACUGGCUACAAGCGUAUGGUCAUUCCAACCCAACCACCUCUGACUGCCACCAAGAAGUCCACGCCCAAGCCUCAGGCUCCUGGGGGAGUCAUCCCCCCUUCUUCUGCCAGCCCUGUGGCCAAGCCUCAGAGCCACACAGCUCCUCAGCCUGUCCCAGCCUCCUACGCCACAGCCUCAACCCCGAGCCAGCCCACCUUCAACGUCCAGGUGAGGUCAGCCCAACCUGGCCCCCAGCAUCAAGCCCCAGCUGGGCAACAAUUCAGCCAGCAGCCCAUUCGCAGCCCAGCACAGGUGCAGUACAUGCCCGCCCAGCCCAAAGGUCCUGACUUUGCCUAUGGACCACCACAGCCUGGUUUCUCCCCGAUGGGUGUUUACCAAGAACAGCACCAACCAGGAGUAGCCCAAGUCGGUGGUUUAAGGAGGCCUGAGCCAGUUCCCGUCCAAGCAUACCAGCCUGCAGGCCCCAAGAAGACCUACAUCACAGAUGUUCCACCAAGCUUGGCUCCAUACACCGCUGGACCAGCCAUUCCACCAAAGGGAAACGCUCCCAUGGCCCACCCUGAAGACGAGCUGGAGCGCCUCACCAAGAAGAUGCUGUUCGACAUGGACAACCCCCCGUCUGAGGAAUACUUUGGGCGCUGUGCCAGCUGUGGAGAGAACGUAGUGGGUGAAGGCACCGGCUGCACCGCCAUGGACCAGGUCUUCCAUGUGGACUGCUUCGUCUGCAUGACCUGCAGCACCAAGCUGCGUGGCAAGCCGUUCUUUGCUGUGGAGAAGAAGGCGUACUGUGAGCCCUGCUAUGUUAACACCCUGGAGACCUGCACCAUCUGCAGUAAGCCCAUCAUGGAGCGCAUCCUGCGAGCCACGGGGAAAGCCUACCACCCUCACUGCUUCACCUGCGUGGUCUGCCACCGCAGCCUGGACGGCAUCCCGUUCACCGUGGACGCGUCCAACCACAUCCACUGCAUCGAGGACUUCCACAAGAAGUUUGCUCCACGCUGCUGUGUGUGCUCUGAGCCAAUAAUGCCGGCACCGGGCCAGGAGGAGACCGUCCGUAUUGUGGCCCUGGACCGUGACUUCCACGUGCAGUGUUACCGCUGUGAGGACUGUGGCUCUCUGCUCUCAGAGGGGGAUAACCAGGGCUGCUACCCUCUGGACGGACACGUCCUCUGCAAAAACUGUAACACCAGCCGCAUCCAGGCGCUCACCGCCAAGGCCACUACUGACCUCUGAACAACCCGCUGCCCGGUCACCUCCACUGUGAUAAACCAGCGCUCACUCUUCAUAUCUCUCUCUCUUUUAAUUCUUUCUCUCGCUGACGUACAGAUUCACAGAAGCUUGCAUUCCUCAGCAUAUCCACACACAGUGUAUCCCUCUCUAUACGUACGUAUGUAUUCACUCAGUAACGUGAGAAAUAGCAUCACGUGUUCACCUGCACACAUGUAUCUAUUGACUCGGUACAAUCACAGCCAAGGAGGCUGUGCGUUCUUUGAACUCAGUUGUUGUGAAAGCAAUAAUUCAAUAUUUUAGGAAACAGAUUGAAACGCUUUUGUGAUGAGGAGGGUCAAAAUAUCUGCAGUUAGCUUAGCUCAGUGAUGCAGCAAAAUCAAAAAGUGAAGCUACCCUGCCUCUGUUCAACUUAGGAAAAAAGUCCACCCGAGUGUACACCAAUGUUGCACAGUGAUACUUUCAAUUGUCCUGCUUCUACAGCGGACGUGUUAGCGUGUUUAGGGGAGCUACAAAGCAAACUCCAUGUGCAGCUAUAGUGAGCGGCUUGAUAUCAGAUACUUGCUGAAUUUGGACAUCUUGAGCUGGAUUCCGAUCGCAUACCCAAUCUUUAAGAAGCAGCCCAGAGGCAUGAAUGCUCUCAAACAUCUCUCAUUACUUCUUAAAGAGAGGGUAAAUAUAAAUAUAUUCCUAAAAAUGUUGAAUUAUUGCUUCAAAUCAGUCCUUAAGUGAACAAUAUUUAAAUCCUUACUCAGUGUUAUCUCGUUUCACAAACAUCUUACUCCAGCAUCUUGUAGCCAGGCUGCUCAUGCACGCAGGUCCAAAUAUUUCCCCCUGACUUGUUCUUGUGAUCUGAAUGGAGUCCAUAAAAGUGUUUAAAAAGUUUGACACAUCUGCCCUGCAGGUGAAGACAUAAAGGAUGGAUGUGUGUAUAAGCAGUAUUUAGAAAAACUACCAUCAUCAAACGUUCAUUUCUCUCUAAAGUGUUUCCCAUAAUGAGCUGACGGUACAGGUGUGAGGUAAAAUGACACACUAAAGCUCAUUAUUGCAAACAGCUCUGCCUAAACAAACACCAAAGAUUUAGAUUCAAAGUGCCACAUUUGCUGCGUGCUUAUUUUUAUGCAGCUUCAGUAAACAUGAUACUGAUUGGGACGACAGGAGGGACAGACUUCACCUCAGUAAGCAGCUGUUGAAUGCAAUUCCCUAAAAUCAGACACUUUUGUUUAAACUUUGGUUUUAUGCACACGUACGUUACUUCCUGUUGUCCUGAACAACACGAUCAUAUCAUUCCACUCAUAGUCACAGCCUUUAAAAUGUCAUAUUUGAGCAGAAACAUAAGUGUCUUUCUCUCAUAUACAUGAAGCUAGAUUAGAUUAGUGAUAGUAGUUUAAGCAGUUCAGUAGAGAUGAUGAAUUUCUGUUGGCUAUGCAAUUUUUAAUGUUAAUUGCAUCGACACUUUAUAAGAAAUUUUAUGAAUAAGAAAAUAUUUUACCUGUACAGAUUCAACAUUAAGUGUCCUUAUAGUAAUCUUUAAUCCGAGCUGUGCUGUUGGUACUGUGUGACUGUGCUGUUUGUCAGUAUUGAUUGUACCUUCAACAUUUGUCUUUUAUUUUUAGUCUUUGUUUUAAGUUUGACGGGCGAAGAAGGGACCAGGAGAGUUUCCCAAGAACGACUGAUUUUAUUAUGUGUUCCAUCCAGGAGUCUUUGAAAAGUAGUUUGAUUUUUUGAUUUGAAAGUUGAUCUGAAUGACAAGAUAUUUGAUGAUGAUGAUGAUGAUGAUGAGGUGAAGGUGCCCUGCAGAGUGUUUGAGCUUUGAUCAAAUCUUGCACAUGUGCAUGGACCUAUUUUGCAGAGCGAUCAACACAGAUCGGAAAACUUUAUUUCCCCAAAGUGACCACAACGUGAUGCAAGACCAGAAUGCACCGCAAUGCAAGAGACAGAAAGUUAUCAGAAGUGAUGCUUAUUUAAAGAUGCAGGGAGACAAUGAAAUGAGGUGUUAAAAUAAAUGCAGAUUUUAAAGAGAGUUACCUCAAAGAGACGGAAAGUUAUCAAGUUAUGCAAAACGUCUUAUUUAAAGAUGCAAAAGAAAUUAGGCAUGAAAAGCAGAAAGAACACAAAGAAGGACAGCAAAUGACUAAACUGACACUAAGAAAUUAGAAAGAAGUUGAAGUUGAUGAAAGAUAUUAUCUGUGCUUCAUUGGGAAGAGAAACUCAAUCUGCAGAGAGCUCACAGAGAUGUAAAAUUCAUAAACACCCCAAAAUUUAGGACGAGUCAUCAACAUUAUUUUAACGUUCUGGGACGUGACAAUCAUUUAAAAUACCAAUAAGAAUACCUACAGAGUAACCUCUUGUGUAAAUAUGUGGAGAGUUGGAGAUAAAGGUGACAAUCAUCAAAAUCAAACAUAGUGUAUCGAAACCUUAAAGAGCAAUUAGCAUGUCACACAUUGUACUGUCUCUUAUGCGUCUUUAAUCUGCUGUGUAUCAUCAGAUAUUUAAAGCAGCUCAUUAAAAAUAAUCUGAAGUCGCAGGAAACAAUAGUUGUUGAAAUGUUCACCCCUCACUUUCCUCUAACCGCUCACUGUAACCACAGCAGCUUCAUGAGAUCCAAACUUGGAAACUUCACCUCAUCCGUUCGACUCAGUGAGUCAUCUGAUUGCUGCUGGUUGUUAGGAAACAGAGGACACUCUAUAGAUCAUUAUGUCGUCUUUGUUGCUAGGCUUCAGCUCACAGAAGCUCUGAGCUGUUGCUGGUGGUAGGUUAGCUUCUCUUCAGCCGCCUGUGAAAAGUCGAUACAGAGCUUUUCAAAAUCUGCUUUCAUCAUUAGAAAUCAGAGUCCGAUAUCUGACGAUGAAAUAUGAUUAAAGAUGUCAACAGAUUAAAAAAGCAGAGACGUACAGAUGAUAUGUUAAAUCCAUCAACUGUAUGAAAAGAUGGACCACAUGGCAGCUCCUAAAAGUGAAGCCUAACAUUUCCACCCCACCUAUAUAUCAUAAACUCCGCCUCCUUCAUGUUAACAGAUGGAACACGGGUCCAACAUUAAAAUAGAUAGAUGACAGUAAUUGUGUCUCAGUUUCUGUUAUUACAGUUACUACUUCUCAUGCUGAUUUAUUUGAAAAACACCCUGAUUUUAAGACCGCCUCCCUUUUCAACAAAAAUAUGUAAUUUGGCAAUAGUGAUAACACAAGCACAUGAACAUCUUUUAAAAUGAAACUGUCAUGUUUCAAUCGUGUAAAUAUUUUAAUUAUAAAGAAAUGAAAACAUCCAGAAGUCUGUUGGAUGGGUGAAGACCUUUGAUUUUUCAGAAACAUGUUCACACACUCACUUAAAGACGAUCUUAAUGGGCUUACCGUCUUCAGACAUGACACUCAGUGACACAAUUCUUGGUUGUUUAAUGUUUGUGCUGCAUUGAUAACCGUUUUCUCUAAAGAAACAAGCAUCAUAACUUCACCUCAGACUUUUUGUUAACUUGUCCUUCUUUUGAGCAACUUUGUGCACUGAGUGUCUCCAUCUUUCAUCCCCCUAGCAUCAAGAAUCACACAUAAGCUGCACCGUUUGUCGUGCAUAGUUACAUUUAAUUACUAAGCCCUGAAUUAAAGACUAGCCCUCUCUUUUUUCAGAUGUAUUUGCAAGAAAAAAAGGUCUUCUAUCCGGGUCAAAAUGGUAGCUAUUUGAUAAGAUAUAAAAGAGGGGUGUAAUGCCAUGACUGACAGCCAAUCACAGUAGAGGAGGAAUAACAAGUGGAGACAUACAAACACUGACACACGAGUCAAUUCACUUUUAAUAACAGCGAACGUCUGUCACAAACCGACACAUAAAACUGUUACGCUGUGGAGGGUAACAACCUGAGGGAUCUUUGUCGUAAGCAACAAAGGCAGGACAUCGAUAUAGCAGCUCAAUCCCUACAGUACAGACUUUGGCUCCAAAAUAUAUCACAAGCUCAAUAUUCCAGCACCUGUUGGGGGGCAUUUUGGCUUCACUUUUGUGCAACAGGAGGAGGUAGAGACAUGUGGUCCAUCUUCAGUCUAUGGUUUAAACAGAGUUGUGAUAUGAAAGGCACAGUGUUGCUCACCUCUGCUCCCCGUGCUUUUCAUCAACAUUUGUCUCUGAACACGGUACUUGCACACUAAACUUGGAUGUUGGACAUUGGACCUCUAUGUUUGUUGUUUUCUCCUGAAGUUCUGGUUUUCUGAAGCCGAAAGGUAUCCAUUAUUCAGAUCCGCCUCUGGUUCUGACUCUACAGGAAAACAUUUCAUUGCAGCACAGCAGCAGUGUGUAGCAGAGACAUUUGCUGUGCUCUCAGGCGUGAACUACAGCUGAAUCAUCGCAGCGGCGCUGCGUUGAACUGAAUUAGUGACAGUGUGAGGAACAAGCAUACAGUAAUUAUGAGCCACAAACAUCAACAUGUACACAAAUGUGUUCACAACAUAGCAGAAAUAGCGCUCACUGUUAACCUCUGUCACAUCUGAUAUUCUGUAGAAUGUAGAGGAGCGCCAGUGAACAAUCUCACAUUAGUUUUUUUUAUGUAAAGUGUAGCUCAGCCAUUGACAUAAAAUGGAAGCAGAAAUUUCAAACCUUGCACACACCUGAGAAGACCAAUUAAAGAACGUUUUUACCCCUUAUUUUGAUUAAAGACCUCUGCCGUGUUCUAACUUUCAACAAUUUUACCAACACACAGGAUAUUAUGGUCAUUUAAAGCCACAAAGUAUUCAACUUUUAGGUUCAUGGCGGACUCAAAUUGUGCGUUGAUGAUCUUAAGAAGUUAAAAAGAAAGAAAAGGAUAGUGAAUAUUGUCACCAAUGUUUUAAAAAUAAUCAAAAAAGGUCCUAACAUUUGCUGUGAGCCUGAUUUUUACUUGGGUUAUAUUUGCUAAAAUGCUCCCUAUAUCCCCAUUAUGAGGUUAUUCUCUGUCUUGCUGCUCUACAGGAAAUAAAGGAAUUUUAAAGCUCUUCUUUUUAGUACAGAUUAAAGGAAUUUUAAGUCUCAUUUUAAACAUUUUACAAAAAGUCUUUCUCUGGUCAUUAAACAGUGAGCUCUCAUAGUAAUACUUAUCUGAAUGCGUAGUAUGGUGGUGGUAGGUAAAGUGUUAAAAUCACAUCCUGGCACCACAGAAACAAAGUCAAAGGGACGUUGUUGAGAUUCUUGGUAUUGGUGGAUGUUUUGUUUACACCUCGGACACCUUAUUGCUGUGCUGUGCUGUGAUUUGUUGGUAGAAGUUGCCUUAAAGUUUGCCUUCAGAGAUCUCUGCAAGUUGCCUUUUUUUACCCACCUGAGCAAACAGUGUUGACGCCUUCACCCAAUCAAACUGUCAAGGACAGGAUCAUGAUUUGGUUGUGAUAUGAGAAGUUGAAAGCUGGUCUCAUGUGGGACAUGAACAGCCUGUCUUUGGAUGAAAGUCCUGCACCAGAGGGCGGGACUGUGCAAUGCUAUGUUGGGGAAAAAUAUGACAUGUAGGACGCACAAGUCUUAUAGUGAAUUUAAAAGGAGAAUUUAAGAAACAUUAUUGAUAUGAUCUUUUCCUAAACCUGGCCAGGCAGUUUUUGGGGCCUAACUCCAAGCAAAAUUAAAUGUUUCAUCCAUUUGUUUGAGAACUUGCUUCAAUCCCAACGAGUACUAAUUAUUGGCUUUGUUUACGUGAUCCCAACACUUCAUUUUAACUCUUAAGCUUCCACCACCACUUCAUGCUGUGUCCAUACACUUGGACCUUUCACCUCUCUCUGCGGGAAGUUUAUUAAUGGUGCAAGAUUUUAUGAUUGGCGUAUCAGCACGAUUCAACCGAGUGCACCAUGCUGUGAUCCAUGAGUAGAGCUAAACCUCUGUGGUUGUAGGUUUUCAAUGUGCCAUAAAAUCUGUUUCUAACUCCCCUGUUUACACUUUCUUUAUGGACAAUCUGCAUCGACAUCACACGUCUUUGUUGAAGCUUAUCUGACAUAAAUCCUCACAAAGGCAGAGAUGCUACAAGUUGAAAGAAAGGAGGGUUUAAUGAUUUUUAUUUGCUCAGUGUAUUUGUGUUGUCUACUGUCUUUGUUCUACCAAUGUUUGUAAAAGUGCCUUUGGCGGAGCAGUAUUGAAUCAUUAUACUGCUGCUGUGUGUUUCAUGGUCCGCUGUGCCUCACAUGUUUACUCGUCUUUACCAAAGUAAAUAAAGAAGAUCCUUUGUCUGCUCUCUGAAUCCAUACAGUGGAUGUCUCCAUCAGGCCCGCCGCUCCAGGCUGCGGUGUUGAGUGUGAAACUCGCCUUAAAGAGCUUAAUCCUCUGUUGUUCAGGCAAAGCAUCUUAUCUGUUCUCCAUCUUUGGAAGGGGCAUGUAGUCAACUGUUGUUUUUCCUUCUUCAAUAAAAGCUUUGCAGUAGCA